GCCAAUGUGACGCGCCGCCUGUAACGUCGUUAAAUCGCCUGUGUGUUUGUAGGGAUUUUGCUCAGAAAGGUGUGUAGUCAAACUUUGAUUUCCUACUGCGCGGGGCGAGACGGUUUGACAACGCCUCAUGAUAAAGGACCUGGGGUGAAUAUUAAUUGUUAAAAGAAAGAAAACAAAACCAAAACAUUUUUUUAAAUUGUAUACGCUCUUGUAUACAACGUCAACUGCAAAUUCAUCUUGGCCAAUUGUCCACUUGGAGCCGAAGCUAAUCGCAUCAUGUCGCACAGAAGAAGCCGAAGUGGUUCUCCACCGUCUUACGGCACAAACAGCAAUGAUCCCCGUGACCUGGAGAGGAGGAUUUUUGUCGGCAAUUUGCCCACUGCAAAUAUGGACAAGAAGGAUAUGGAAUACCUGUUCAGGCCAUAUGGGAAAAUACAGGCCUUGUCCCUGUUUCGUGGGUAUGGAUUUGUGCAGUUUGAAAAGACGGAAGACGCAGAGGCAGCUAAAGCAGGACAUAAUGGUCGGAUUUAUAGAGGUUAUAAACUAGAUGUAAAUAUGGCUGCGGAGAGACGACAGAAACCCAGGUCAAGUCCUCCACGCAGGCCUGGUGCUUAUGGGGAUGGCAGGGAGCCCCGCCCCCGCUCUCGAUCCCCAGUGCAGGGUCGAGACUCACGAGACAGCAGGGAUGGCAGAGACAUGAGGGAACAUAGUCGUGAACCUCGGCCUGGACCACCACGUGACCAUGAAGAUGAGCGCUACAGAGGCGGAGAAGGAAGAGAGAAAGACUCAAGAGAUGCUCAUUACAGAAAUGAAGGUUAUGACCGCUUUUACCGUGGCGAAUAUGACCAGUACCGUAAGAAAGAUGAGCCUUACCCUGAACGCUACAGGGAGAACUGGAGUGGCAGGAGAGAACCAGAAGAUGAGCGAAUGCAGCCCGAGGAACGCAGGAGGAAUGAGUUGUACCGACAGUACUAUGAAGAGCUGCAGAGACGUUAUGAUGCCGAGAGACCUGUAGACUGUUCUGUCAUCGUGGUCAACAAGCAGCAGAAGGAGUAUGCGGAAAUGGUGGGGAGGAAGGUACGAGAUCUGGGCAUGGUGGUGGACCUAAUCUUCCUCAACACAGAGGUCUCCUUGACUCAGGCUCUGGAGGACGUAAGCCGUGCUCGCACGCCCUUUGCCAUCAUCAUCACUCAGCAGCACGAAUUGCAUCGCUCUUGCACAGUCAACAUUCUCUUCGGCACACCACAGGAACACAGAAACAUGCCCAUGCAGGAUGCCAUGCUUUUAGUGGCUCACAACUAUGACACCUUUAAAGUUGAGAACCGUGCCAAGGAGCGAGAUGAGAUCUCAAGAAAAGCUGCAAAGAUGGCAGAUGAGGUGUUGAUGAGAGAGCAUGACCGACAAAGCCACCCGGUCUCAGUACUCACUGCUAUCACACUACUGUUUGAGGGCAGGUUCUUGACACCUCAAGAGUUAACAUCACUCAUUAACUAUCUGCAGGAUAAGCGUGAUCGUCUAGUCCGAAGCAGUGUAGACCCUCUCCUUGGGGCGCAUCAGUCCUCCGUAGCUGUCACGCAUGAGACCCCACAGUCCACCCAGGCUCUUGCUCCUGUUUCCCACCAGACACACCCAUCCACACACUCCUCCCACCUUCCUGCUGCCUCUGUCACCACCUCCAGCCAGCAGCAAGAAUUACAGGCUAAAAUCCUGAGCCUUUUCAACAGUGGCUCAGGCUCCGUGUCUCAGGGCCAGACAGCAGCGUCACAGCCUCAAGGCUAUGUAUCCGCGCAGAGCUCCAACCUCUCCACCUCCAAUCUGUCUAACUUGACCAUGUCUGCUCAUGACUCUCAAGACACAAUGAGUCCUGGUGUGGGCAUUAGGCCUCCUGCUAACCGUGUAGCAGCACCUCAGGGGCUUCAGAGAGCUGGAACUGGAAUUAACUUUGAUAACCCUAGUGUGCAGAAAGCCCUUGACACACUUAUCCAGAGCGGACCUACUAUUAACCAGCUGGUCAAUUCAGGAAGCCUAACAGGCAGAUCAGGACAGGGGGUGAGCCAGAACCAAGGAUUAAGCCAGGGACAUGGGCAAAACAUGAGUCAAGGUUAUGGCCAGGGAGUGGGACAAGGGGUAAGCCAAGGACUGGGACAGGGGCUAAGUCAUGGAAUGCGACAGGGAAUGAACCAAGGUAUGGCACACGGGAUGGGACAAGGGGCUCACUACCAACAUCAUUACUAAAAAAAAAAAAUCUUUUGCAUCUGCAUUUAUAAGCAGUUCUGUUAAAUUACGUUUAUAUCAUAUUUUGUGAUUGUUGUAGUGGCUGUUUGGACAUCUGGACGUUCAUAAAUUUUCCUUUUGUAUCAGUAAGAUAGGAUGGAUGUAAACCAUUCAUGAAAAAUUUGUUGACCUGACCAGAUUUAAAUAUUUCCCUUGUUAUUUUAUAUAAAGUGUCAUUUGUACAUAAUUAAUUGAAAUUCAAUAAAUGAUUGUUGACACAA